UAAAAACUUAUUUGCAUACAUUCAUAUAGUACUGUGAUAUUUCAAAAGUCAUGGUGGUAGCACUUGGAAUAGAGCUAAAUUUCAGUGAAAGAAGGUAUUAAACUGUACAUAUGCUAACAGCUUUGAGAUACAUAUUCCUUCAGGUUUUGUGGGAAUGGUAUUUUAUAAAGCCCGUGGAUCAUCUAGACAGAAAAUUAUUUUCUUCCAUAUUCUCCCAUUUAUAAGACAUAAGGAAAAUUUUACAGUAUUUUUAGAAGCAGCUGAAAAAGCCAUUUAUUACAUGUGUUGUUGUACAAAGUGAUAAUUAUAAGAGAAAAAAUUUAAAGGGUGUGCUAUAAUUUUUAUCUGAUAUCUGAAUAGACGUUUUUGCCACAUUCAUUUACUUCAAGUACUUCCACACAAAAUUGGAUUCCCCAGGAUGCCUGGCGCAUGAAAGACAAUUUAAGUAUCUUGAGUUUAGAACUGAGUAGCUGUUGAUGAAACAGAAAGAUUCUGUUUUCAGAUAGUGGGUUUCUUAUUCAUGAGCAUGUGCACACACUCCAGUACAUCAAACACUUUUAUUUUUUUCCUUGAGACAGGGUCUGGCUAUGCUGUUCAGGCUGUCCUUGAACUCAUUUUGUAUCCAACAUUGGCCUCCAAUUAGCAGUAAUCCUCCUGGGACAGCCUACUGAGUGGUGGGAUUACAGGCACACUCCACCACACCCAGCUAAAACACUUGUUUUCACCAUAUCUUUACAUAAAGCUAUUUUCUGCAAAUAUGUAACAGCUAAUUUACCCACCAGAGAUUUAGAUUCUCUUGAGAAAGGUCAGGAAACCCUAAGGUUCUCAGGAAAGUUAAGCCAUGGUGAAGCAGCAUUCAAAGCUAUGCUUGGCUUCUCAAACAAUUUAAGGUACAAAUUUUCCCUGAUAUCCCUUAUAUGACAUGUAAUACAAAUGUUAUUGUCUGGAACAGAUUAACAUAUUUUAAGGAGUAUAUUCUCAGAGGUUUACAUUGUAUAUAAAAGUACAUAUUUCACUUUAUUUCUGAUUCUAUUAAUAUCUACUUGUAGUUCCAUGAUAAGGUAUCAGCUAACGUGAGAUCAUUUUAGAGAACAAAUAAAAAACUAAAAAAGAGAUUACCUUAACUUCAUUGUCUCAAUAUUUGGGGCAUAAGCAUUGUUGGGGAUAUAUAAUUAAUAAAUUUACAGCAUAAUCUUCCAACCAAGAAACUCUCUUCAAAAGGUAGAAGAAAAUACUUUUAUCAUCUCAUGGGCAUUAAAGUAGAAUUGUACACAGCACAGGCAGUUUGCUAGGACAUUGUGUAGACAGAAACUUUAUACAGGAGAGCAGAAACAGCCCAUCUCGUACAUAUUUUCAAGAUAAACAGUCCUCAAGUAAGAGAACUUGACAGGGCAUCGAGCUGGGGGACAUCAACCUUCUCAGUUAGCCAAUUAACUUUACCAGAAGAAAAACAAACUUCCUUUGUCUGUGUAAGUAGUAGGCAGUUCUGCUAUUUAGAGCACAGCAUACUCUAAAAUUAGACACCUACCAUGAGACUGGGGACAAAGGGAAGAGAGAAGAGAGAGAAUAGUUUUGCAGGUUUUGACAAAGACAUUCCUGGAUCAUAAAUAGAAAAAAGAUCUAGCUAGUGUUCAAGAGGGUCUCGUACACUUCAAAGAGGUAGAAAGUACUUAAUAAUUGCUUGUUAAAGGCAAAAAUCUUCUGAGAAGAAGAAGAAAGCUCUAUUCACUGUCAAAGGGAGAAUUGUCUUUUUUAAAAAACAUUUUUCUCCUUACAGUAUGUUUUGGUUUCUCAGUCUUUGAAAUAACAAAAAAGUCCAACUUAAAAUUUAUGUUUUUCUAUGGGUAGAGGCUGUCCACUAUGGUCAAAUAUAUAAGCCUGGAUAGAAAAAAAAUUUUUUUUGGCUCCCUCGUAAGUCAAAAGGUUUUGAGGGGGAGGGUGGACACUGAUUUGACAAUAUACUCCAGUCAAAAAAUUUAGUUGAACUCAUGUAUAGAAUACGAUGCCUUAAAAAGUCUGCUAAUGAAACUUGGGAAGGUCAGCCUUCAACGAGGAGUCACAUGUUAUAGAUCACCUAGUACAUUCAGUUCACAUUACCUAUUUUCCACCCAGUUCUUUUAGUGAAGGUCUCUUCAGGAACGGCUUUGGGUGGAAAUGCAGUUAUCAUUUUGGGUUCUUUACGUAUCUAUUUUUUUUCCCCUGGUGGUACUGCAAUUGAACCCAUGGAGUUCAGAGCUUAGUCGCCAGCACCCACACCCUCCCUGGUUUUCAGAGACAAGGGUCUCCCGAAGUUGCUCAGGCUGGACUCGGAUUUGCAAUCCUCUGGCCUCGCGUCUCAGAGUGCAGGGACGACAGGGAGAGCCACCACGCUGGGACAGGACUUCUCCCGGGAUCCGAUGCUAGGAGCCGCCCUACACUUCAGUACGACACCCACGGCGGCUCAGUACUGCGACUCUCUUACUCUCAGGCACUGGACACUGGAGUGAUUCACAAGUCAUUGGAAAAGAUACAAAUCAGCUUACGGGAAUCCGCGUUACAACCCGCGCAACUAAAACGCGGGAACCGGCGGGCAGAAGGCGGCCGAGGGCGCCGGGAAGGGUGAGGGGGCCCGGGUUCGCAGGGCUGCGGCUCCCGGGACCGCCCGCGCAUUUCCCUCACGCCGCCCCCCAAUUCCUCGCCCGCCGCCGCCAGCCCGCCCGCCCGCGGGGUCGCCCCUUCCCGGCGGCCCCUGCUUAUCACCCAGGCCCCGGGAAGUGGCCGCGGCCAGGCGAGCCUCCGAAGUUUCCUGUGACGCCACCGUCGCCUCCGGCCCCAUCCCGCCGAGGCAGCCCAGGACACAGCCUGCGGAGCACAGGCUGACCGUGGCGGGUGCGGAACCCCGCUCGGCGCGGAGCCGGCCGGGACAACUGCGGCCGCGCUCUACGGCCCCGCGUUCCGCGGCCGCAACCCAGCGCGCCCACCGGGCCUCCAGCCGAGCGCCGCCCCUCCGAGCCCAGACCCGGGCCGCGCCCCGCCCCCUGGGAGGUGGGAGAGGAGGGGGCCGCGGCCGGCCGCAGCGCCCGCCUCCCGUUCCUGCCUAUUGGCUGAAGCCUCGAGGGUGCCCGGAGACCGGGGUGUAGCGGGAUUGGCCGCGGCGCUGGCUGACAGCGGCGUCUAUUGGUCGAGACGGGUACCCGUGACGCGGGGUGGCGACUGGCUCCAGUGUCUGAGGGGCUCCUGCUUGUCAGGUUCUAGGUAGCUCAUGUCUUUUGGCUAGACCUGUGGUCAUUCCUGAGACUUCACUGCAUGUUUCUCAAGGGUCUUCUUCAUCCCUAAUGUGUGCAUACCUCAACAUGGACCUGCUACUUUAGCUAAGAUACAGCCAGCAAUGAAUAGUAGUAAGAUAUGUGCUGAUUAGAAGGCUCACUUGUGCAGUGUGGAGGAUAAGCAGUGCCUUGCAGAAAUGGGGUUUGGGAAUGACCUGAAGAAUUCACAUGAAGCUGUGUUAAAAUUGCAAGACUGGGAAUUACGAUUAUUAGAAACAGUGAAGAAAUUCAUGACUCUGAGAAUAAAAAGUGAUAAAGAAUAUGCAUCUACUUUACAGAACCUUUGUAAUCAAGUUGAUAAGGAAAGUACUCUCCAAAUGAAUUAUGUCAGCAAUGUAUCCAAGUCUUGGCUACUUAUGAUUGAGCAGACUGAACAACUUAGUAGGAUAAUGAAGACGCAUGCAGAGGACCUAAACUCUGGACCAUUGCUUAGGCUCACCAUGAUGAUCAAGGACAAGCAGCAGGUGAAGAAGAGUUAUAUGAGUGUUCACCAGCAGAUAGAAGCAGAGAUGAUCAAGGUUACAAAAACAGAAUUGGAGAAAUUAAAAUCUAGCUAUCGACAGUUAAUAAAAGAAAUGAAUUCUGCCAAAGAGAAAUACAAAGAAGCCUUAGCUAAAGGGAAAGAAACAGAAAAGGCCAAGGAACGUUAUGACAAAGCCACAAUGAAACUUCAUGUGCUGCAUAACCAGUAUGUGUUGGCACUAAAAGGAGCUCAGCUCCAUCAAAAUCAGUAUUAUGAUACUACACUUCCUCUGCUUCUGGACUCUUUACAAAAAAUGCAAGAAGAAAUGAUAAAAGCACUAAAAGGUAUCUUUGAUGAAUACAGCCAAAUAACCAGUCUUGUUACAGAGGAAAUAGUAAAUGUUCAUCAAGAAAUUAAAAUGUCAGUCGAACAGAUAGAUCCUAGCACAGAAUACAAUAAUUUCAUAGACGUUCAUCGAACAACAGCUGCUAAAGAACAAGAAAUUGUAUUUGAUACUUCCUUAUUAGAAGAAAAUGAAAACCUUCAGGCAAAUGAGAUCAUGUGGAAUAACUUAACAGCAGAAAAUUUGCAAAUAAUGUUAAAAAAUUUAGCAGAAGAACUUAUGCAGACACAGCAGAUGCUUUUAAAUAAAGAGGAGGCUGUCCUGGAGCUAGAGAAGAGAAUCGAAGAAUCUUCUAAGUCCUGUAUAAAUAAGUCUGAUAUUGUGCUUCUGCUAAGCCAAAAACAGACACUUGAAGAAUUGAAACAAUCGGUCCAGCAGCUGAGAUGCACUGAGGCAAAGUUUGCAGCACAGAAAGAAUUAUUAGAGCAAAAAGUGCAAGAAAAUGAUGGAAAAGAGCCACCUCCAGUAGUAAACUAUGAAGAAGAUGCACGAUCAGUUACAUCUAUGGAAAGAAAAGAGAGACUAUCCAAAUUUGAGUCUAUUCGUCAUUCAAUUGCAGGAAUAAUUAGGUCUCCGAAAUCUGCACUGAGCUCUUCAUCAUACUCGGACAUGAUUGCCAUGAGUGAGAAGCCCCUGGCGGAGCAUGACUGGUACCAUGGUGCGAUUCCCAGAAUAGAAGCCCAAGAGCUGUUAAAACAACAAGGAGACUUCUUGGUGCGAGAGAGUCAUGGGAAACCUGGUGAAUAUGUCCUUUCUGUAUAUUCUGAUGGACAAAGGAGACACUUUAUCAUACAAUUUGUUCAUAAUCUGUAUCGAUUUGAGGGUACUGGAUUUUCAAGCAUCCCUCAACUGAUAGAUCAUCACUAUACAACAAAAGAAGUCAUCACUAAGAAAUCAGGUGUAGUUCUCCUGAAUCCUAUUCCUAAGGAUAAGAAAUGGAUUCUCAACCAUGAAGAUGUCACACUGGGAGAAUUACUGGGCAAGGGAAAUUUUGGUGAAGUGUAUAAGGGCACAUUAAAGGAUAAAACUGCUGUUGCUGUUAAAACGUGUAAAGAAGGUCUUCCUCAGGAAUUGAAAAUAAAAUUUUUACAAGAAGCCAAAAUUCUGAAGCAAUACGAUCAUCCUAAUAUUGUCAAACUUAUAGGCGUUUGCACACAAAGGCAGCCUGUCUAUAUCAUUAUGGAACUGGUUCCAGGAGGUGAUUUCCUCACCUUUCUGAGAAAGAAGAAAGAUGAACUAAAACUCCAACAGUUAGUCACAUUUUCUUUAGAUGUUGCUGCUGGUAUGUUUUAUCUCGAGAGUAAAAACUGUAUACACAGGGACCUUGCUGCAAGAAACUGCCUAGUAGGUGAAAAUAAUGUUCUGAAAAUCAGUGACUUUGGAAUGUCUCGUCAAGAGGAUGGUGGCGUGUAUUCAUCUUCUGGCUUGAAGCAGAUUCCCAUUAAAUGGACAGCACCAGAAGCUCUUAAUUAUGGGAGAUACAGUUCUGAGAGUGACGUGUGGAGCUUUGGCAUUCUCCUCUGGGAGACCUUCAGCUUUGGAGUGUGUCCAUACCCUGGAAUGACAAAUCAGCAAGCACGAGAGCAAGUAGAAAGAGGAUACCGGAUGUCAGCCCCUCAGCACUGUCCAGAGGAUAUCUCUAAAAUUAUGAUGAAGUGUUGGGAUUAUAAUCCUGAAAAUCGCCCUAAGUUCAGUGAUCUUGUAAGAGAGCUCGAUGUCAUCAAGCGGAAAAUCACAUAGUCUCAGCAGCGUGCCGAGCUUCCCUUCAGGACUCUGUCCAGCAGAAUAAUGCUGUUGUUCUUGCUAACAAUGAGUUUAUACUGCAUUACCUGCAACCAUCUUCUAAGGUUAUUUUUUAUUAACUGGGGUUUUAAAAAACAUGUUCCACUUUAAAAUAUGUCAAUGUCAAAUGUAUUCAAGAAGUAGUCCCACAAAGGGUUUUAUGAGCGAUCCUGCCAUCUUAGGCUACUGUAAAUACAAAAGCACAGGCUCUAAAUGUGUGAAGGAUAAAAACCAGUCCAUCUUCGUUCCAUGUAGGACCACUGAUGUUUCUCAGGGGUUUCCUACCUCAGGCACAGCUCACAGGCUGCUGUCUUUUGCCAUGGACCUACUCAGCUGGUGCUAUAAACUGCAUCAGUAAUUGUACUUGCAGGAUACAUUCCAGCCACAGUUGUGUCUCUGCUCGGCCAAGGGAUCAGAACUUUAAAUAUAAUCUUGUUAUAAUCUUGUAUUGGGAAUUACUUGGAUCUCCCAAGGUUUGUCUUUGCUUUUUUUGGCCUGAAAUAAGCCCAGUAAGAGCCAUCUUGCUCUUGCAUUAUUAAAGUUGUUUUCUUCCUCUUUGGUCUGAGCAUCAGAAAAUGAUGCAUGCAGUGUCCCCAAAGAGCACACGGUUAGAGUUUAGGCAACUGCUUUUAAAGGAUGUUAUAGAGAGCUGGACAGAAAGAUCCAGGUAUAACCAGGUAUGACCAGGAGGGGUCUCUGGGAGGAAGAAAAGCAGCCAGAGGGCUCAUCAGAGUAGAAAAUAGAGACAUAAAAUCUGCCUUCUUCCCAGGGUUGUUCCUU